GCCAAUGGGAAUGCAGGACGCUGGGCGCGUCAGUGGGUGUGACGCGUCAGGAGGAAGCGUCAUCGAGCAAUAUACAAAGUUUUAAGAUAAUGGCGGACAAGGUUGUGGCUGGAGGGCCAUGGACGGGGUGUGCCGUCAUGUUCCUGCGUUCGCUCUGCCCCGACGUGAACCUGCUCUCCCUCUACAAAGCCCAGCAAGAAAAGUUCAUCAUUUUCAAAGUCAUCAAGCUGACGCUCACAGAUUCUGCAGGAGGCCUGCGUGGUUAUGAGAUCCUAAAGAUCCACGACGCCGAUCCUUUCCUUGGCGUGGAGGUGAAGUUUGUGGAUGUGACGGUGUGUCAGCAGUUUCUGGAGAGCUACAGCUCUGGAGCGGUGCGUCAGUCUCUCUCCCAACACGCCUGCCGGCUCCUCGCUCUGUCCCAGGAGUUCAGCCUGGAAACCCAGCUGAAAGCCAGCACGCACAUCCUGGAUCACUGUCUGGAGAAGCUGGAGCUCUGCCUGCAGCACAUCCACCUCUCACAGCCGGAGCGCCUGCGUGACGAGGAGAUUGAUCAUCUGGAGCAGGAGCUGCGGAAGCAUGCCCUCGGUCCCGCCCCACGCUUUCCCACCAUCAUCCAGGAAGAGUCUCCUCUCCCCAGCAACUGCUUCAAGUUUCAGAACAGAGUGCUUGAGGAUCGAAUGCUGACAGCGGCAGAUGUUCAGAGCUUUUCCAAUGGAGUGGGCCGUCAGUGGAAGUCCGUGGGGAGGGCCCUGGGGAAGAGCUGCCGCGCCCUGAGGAGCCCCGCCAUCGACAACCUGGCCUACGAGUACGAGCGAGAAGGGCUGUAUGAGCAGGCCUAUCAGCUGCUCAGCCGCUUCGUCCAGGCCGAGGGGAGGGCAGCCAAGCUGAGCCGACUGGUCAAAUCACUAGAGGACUGCAAACUCACCAGCCUGGCUGAAAGCAUUCUGGGCAUACAGCCGCAGGAGCAGGAGUAAACUGCGUGUGUGAGUCGUGAAAACUGACCAGGACGGGUCCAGGGGUGACUCUGUCCUGCUUGUGUAUAUAUAUAUAUAUAUAUGUUCUCCACUGUCGCCCUCAUGUUCAAAAUCAUUCUCCAUCGUGUGUUUCUAUGUGAGUGUGUUUAUGUGUGUGCAUGAUUCAGACAAAUUGUGUGGAAACAUGCAAACAUCUGUGAAACUGAUUUAUAUCUUGAUUUGUUGAUCAAUUAUUAGUAUUAUGGAUUUCAUUUAGAUGAAAUGAUCUGUUGUCACUGUUAAAAACGUAUGCUGUCAUGAGUUGGAUGCACUGUUAAACUGAUUUCAUCACGUACCUCUCGUAUUUCUGUCCAUUUACAGAUGGAACCUGUUGGGUCCUGAUUCUAUUGAGUGCACAGUUGAAGGUUAUGGAUUGUUUUUUUUUUUCUAUAA